AUGGCACGCAAACCAGGUCGCAUCCUCCCCUUCCGCAUACCGUUCUUCCGCAUCUUUUACAGCACGACCUACACCAUCCUCUACGCCAUCGAGAUUCUUCUCUUAGCCAUCACACCCGCAAGUCUGAUCUAUUCAGCGAUCGUCAACCGGGCCUUCCAGUACAUCCUCAUAGUCGGCAGCGUCUACGUCUUAGUCGCACUACUCGCCACCUUCAUCUACAGCAGCAGACUGUACACAAACCGUACAGUCCUGGCCGCAGUGGGCAAAGCAUACAUACCGGUGGAAGAAGGAGAGGUGGGCAAAAAUGUCAGGAAGAUGAUUGUCAAGCAAUUGGAGCGCAGUGCUAUCAUUGCGUGGGAGGCAAAGCCCCGGAACGCAUUUGGAGAAAUCUAUGCUGCCGAGCAGAAUGGUGUCUUACCUGCCGAGACUCACAGUGUCAACCACAACGACUAUACUGUGGGUAGGAUUAUACAAAUCGAUCCUGCGCAGCCACCGUGGGGGAUAGUCAGACAUGCUGGCUGGAGCAGUCCAAGCCAGAGGGAUGAUAACAAGUAUCCCAACGUACAAUUCGCGGAUGUGAUUGCAGAAAUGCCGAACCUUAUCGAAGCGAAGGCAGCUCUUGCGGACUCUGCUGUGGUAGAGCUUCUGACCCGGCCAACGACAAUGGGCAUGCGCGACUACAUCAAGCAGCUGGCUUAUCUUGGCUUGAUCAAUCCUGCAGACAUUGGUGACGUGUUCAUGCGACAAUACGAGCAUGCGCGCUUUUGCGGUCGUCCAGUCACCGAAUAUGAGUUCGCGGAUCUCAUGGCCACAUUUUCCGAACUGCUGGCUGGCAUGGUGGAACUGGACCAAACAAUCUUUGAGCAAAUACGGAGUCAGACAGCAGACGAUGUAGAAUCGGAUCUUGACGAGCCAGAACCAGCACGAUCGCGAUCAGUGAGCGCUGCCCAAUACCUGACACCUCGCGUCCGAUGCGGGUAUUCUCCAGCAACCUCUGCACUCAGCGUGCCAAGUCCUGUCACUGCCCGAGAACAUGUUUCCAGAUCGGCGACACCGUACAUGCACGGUCAGAGCAGUAGUCUCGAAAGCUUUAGCUCUGUGAUUCACAACUCGCCUAGUCAUGCGCCGGCGCCUAUGCCAGCCAUGAAUACAGGCUCGUCUAGCUUGGUGGACAGCGAUGCCGGUAGUGUCAUACAUCAUGACAUGGACGCAGGCUGA